AGCUGAAAAUGGCCGCAGCGUGGAAACACCGUCCGCAAUCGAGAUAAAUAUCUUGCUCCUAUAAUGGUUAAAGUAAAUAUCAACAGAUUCUUACACACGUGCACGCUGAUUGUCUGCAAUCUCACGUACACGAUAAUUCGCUUGAUACAUUCAUACAUCAAGAGACUGGUGAGCGAUUGGUACGAGAAGCACAGAUCUGUCAAGAUCAUGCAUCGCAGUGAAAACUUUUUGAUAGUCGACAAGCCCUACGACAUGUACAUAAAUAGUAAUAAUCCCGACAGAAAGAAUACUCUUCAGACGGAACUGCGUGAGAUGCUGCCAGACCUGGUUAAUCCACGGCUGUGCCACGAGUUUCAUUUUGUUCACCGGUUGGAUUAUCCCACGAGCGGCGUCAUGUGCAUAGCUUUAAAUAAAAGGGCGGCCAGAGCGGCGUCGUCCGCCUUCGAAAAUCACAAGGUGCAAAAGUUCUACUUAGCACUGGUACAUGGUCACAUACAUGAACCUCACAUCGUAAUCGACAAACCAAUUGGUGCUGACGUUCGAGAGAUGACUGGCAAUCACAAAAUGUGUACGAACGACAGUAUCUUUUGCGACAAGCCACGCAGAUCUUACACGACGCUGGUAGUAUUGGAACAUGGGUUUUGGAAAGGCAAGCCCGCCACUAAAAUCUUGCUGGCACCUGGCACAGGUAGACGACACCAGUUGAGAGUACAUUGCCAUCAUAUCGGUCACACAGUCAUAGGAGAUUAUACGUACAGCGAAGGCAAAGAUAUAGAACCUCACAGAACCUACCUUCAUUCCCUUAGGUUAGUAUUGAACUGUGAUAUUGAAAAUAUGGAUGUGAGAACGGCGGAUCCGUUUGAUGCCUCUGUAUUGUCCGAUUACAAAGCGACAAAUGUGACAAAAAUCUUGGACGAGAAUAUAUUUCGCGAUAUAUACAAACUUAUGGAAUAAAAUUAAGACGUUUUCAUUU